CCGGCCUCACACCUGCCAAGCAUCACACCUGCCAAGCAUCACACCUGCGAUGCCUGCACGAGCUGGGUGCGGUCCGCGCAUCUGCAGUAAGGGGAUGACCCGGCGUCUGUUAGUCGGCGGUUCAUCUCCUUCGUGACUCGACGAGCUUAACGCCACUUUCCUCCAUUCUCUUUCUUCACCUCUUGAGUGAGUGGCCAUGAGCUGGGCUGCAAGAGUCCUGGGGAGCAGCCAGAGAGCGGGCGCCGCGGGAGCGAAUUGUUUUUGCCCAAGGAUGGUUCUGUGUCUCCGCCUGGCGGCGUGUGACCUGCUCGGGCGCGGGUGGCCCUUCACCCCUGUGAGUGUGGCCAGAAGUACCUCUCACCUGGACCUGCGGACCCCGGGCGCAGUCCUGGAGCUGAGAACUGGAGGUUUCCAAGAUGGCAACUGUCAAGGGUGAACUUAUUAAGAAUUUCGCGGAAGAGGAGGCCAUUCAUCACAAUAAGAUCUCCAUUGUAGGAACUGGAUCGGUUGGUGUGGCUUGUGCUAUCAGCAUCUUAUUAAAAGGUUUGAGUGAUGAACUUGUCCUUGUGGAUGUUGAUGAAGGCAAACUGAAGGGUGAAACAAUGGAUCUUCAACAUGGCAGCCCUUUUAUGAAAAUGCCAAAUAUUGUCUCCAGCAAAGAUUACCUGGUCACUGCAAACUCCAAUCUAGUGAUUAUCACAGCAGGUGCACGCCAGAAAAAAGGAGAAACACGCCUCGAUUUAGUCCAGCGAAAUGUGUCCAUCUUUAAACUAAUGAUUCCCAAUAUUACCCAAUACAGUCCUCACUGCAAACUGCUUAUUGUUACUAAUCCAGUGGAUAUCUUAACUUAUGUAGCCUGGAAGUUGAGUGCAUUUCCCAAAAACCGCGUUAUUGGAAGUGGUUGUAAUCUGGACUCUGCUCGUUUUCGUUACUUUAUUGGGCAAAGGCUUGGCAUCCACUCUGAAAGCUGUCAUGGGCUGAUCCUUGGAGAGCAUGGCGACUCAAGUGUUCCUGUGUGGAGUGGUGUGAACAUUGCUGGUGUCCCUCUGAAGGAUCUGAACCCAGAUAUAGGAACUGAUAAAGAUCCUGAGCAGUGGGAAAAUGUCCACAAAAAAGUGAUUUCCAGUGGCUAUGAGAUGGUCAAAAUGAAAGGUUAUACUUCUUGGGGCAUUAGCCUAUCUGUAGCUGAUUUAACAGAAAGUAUUUUGAAGAAUCUUAGAAGAGUGCAUCCAGUUUCUACCCUAAGUAAGGGCCUCUAUGGAAUAAAUGAAGAAAUAUUCCUUAGUGUCCCAUGUAUCCUGGGAGAGAAUGGUAUCACAGACCUCAUAAAAGUAAAACUGACUCUUGAAGAGGAGGCCUGCUUGCAAAAGAGUGCAGAAACACUUUGGGAAAUACAGAAGGAGCUCAAGCUUUAAAGUUGCUUAAAGCUACCAUUCUGUAGAUUGAAGAUGAAAUAGUAGUUAUAGAAUUGUAUAUGUCAAACUUUUGAAUAAAUUUGAAUUUCUAAAAGUUGGAAAAAUAGAGGAAAGAGUGCCCUAUUUAGUGUAGCCUUCUAGCUCUUUUUUUUUUUGGGGGGGGGUGGGGGGAGGGUCUCAUUCUGUCACUCAGGCUGGAGUGCAGUGGCACGAUCAUGGCUCACUGCAACCUUGACCUCCCGAGCUCAGGUGAGCCUCCCACUUCAGCCUCCAGAGUAGGUGGGACCACAUGCGUGUGCCUCCAUGCCUGCCUAAUUUUUGUAUUUUUUUGUAGAGAUGGGGUUUUGCCAUGUCAUCCAAGCUGGUUUUGAACUCCCAAAGUGCUGAGAUUACAGGGGUGAGCCACUGUGCCUGGCCUUAGCUUUGAUUUAGUAUCCAGAUGAUAGAUGACACUUUUUUUUU